AUGUCGAUUCAUGAUCCAAGAAACUUGCGUAGAGGGCCUUGGCUUGAUGAAGAAGAUGAUAGAUUGACUAUCACUGUUGACGCAUUAGGUGAAAAACAUUGGGAUGCUUUAGCUAAACAAUCAGGUUUGAGGAGAAGUGGAAAAAGUUGUCGGCUUAGGUGGAUGAACUAUCUUCGACCCAAUUUAAAGCAUGGUGAGAUCACAGAUGAAGAAGAACACAUAAUACUUAAUCUUCAUAAACAAUGGGGUAACAAGUGGUCAAGAAUCGCUAAAAGAUUGCCUGGAAGAACAGAUAACGAGAUCAAGAAUUACUGGAGAAGUCAUUUAAAAAAGAAAGCCGAAGCCCAACAAGAAUGCUUCAAGGGCAUAAAAGAAGAUGUGAAACGAGAUUUCUUGACAACAAAAGGUGACAGAAACUUUGAUCAUGUUGGCGAAAGCAGCAUGAAUGAUAAAGAGGAUAUUUUUGGAAUUUCAUCUAUGGAAACACCUGAAUCUUGUAACAUGGAUAUUGCAUUCGAAAGUGGUUCACCAUAUGAAAGUAGGAUGUCGGAUUUGAUAUCUUCAUGUUGCUGGGAAGGUGAUCAAGAAGUAAAACAUCAUGAAGAUUGCAUGGGAACGUUUCCAUGUUUCUGCAGUGAAGUUGGAUCGAGUUCAGAAGAAAGUACGACACAUGGUGUGUGGGAUCUUUGGAGUCCCAUUUGGGAAACGGGUUAA